AUGCCACAGUAUGGCUAUGAGGAUAUGUUUUACUCCAGCGACGAAGGUGAGACAUUGAUAAGUCCAUCGGCGGUACGACCAGACGUUCCCAUUCAUGGACAAGCCUUUGCAGGAGCCAGUCAAGCACACGCCAUCCUCAAUAAUGGAUCCUCAUUGAAAGAACCGAUGCCUACGAGCCAUGGUCAUACCCCGGACUCCAGUGAUCCCAAACCCAUUGUGAUACCGGGCAAGGAUAUCCGCAUCACUCGGAUUGCCAACACAGCUAGCGAGCAUAUCGCUGCUUUACGUCUUGUCGCGGACUCUGUGGCACAUCAGCAACAGCUAGCCGCACUCGCCAUCUUGUUCAACCCUUUCUUCUUGGGCCUGAUACUACCUGUGGCAGUCGUGAUUCACUAUUUCGCAUACAAAGGACACAUCAAACUACCGACCCUGGCUUUCAUCACUGUUGCAGUGCUCAUGGCAUUUGUGACCCUCAUGAAACGGUCUGUGUCAGGAUACUUGCAUGCAGCCGAGAAAGUGGGCACACGGAGGUGGUUGUACUGUCUCGAAGAAGCGACUACGAAGAAGGCACGAGGACACGAUGCAUUGCAUUUGACGAUAGGAGAUUGCAACUGCAGGCGUGUCCGACCGCGGGAAGGUUGUCAGAAACGCGAUCUCGUCCUUGUCGCCCGACUUGACCCAUCUGAUGAGAUAAUCGGUACCAUUAUUCUCAGGGUUAUUCCCAUCACGCACUUUUCCAAUCCGGUAAGUCAAUCAAAUAGGUCUGAGAAGCGGUGCCGGAAGAGUCUGGCCCCCUUGCCCAACUGCAAAGCAAUUAUUCGCGCAUGGACUGUGAAGCAGGGUCAUCGUGGUGCUGGAAUUGGAGCAUGGAUGCUCAAGGAUGUUAUCUUGUUGUGUUUGAAGUAUGGUUGGAUGGGCCCAGAGUUUGCGAAAGACCAUGAGAACUCGGCGCGUGUACUUCCACGACGACUGAACGAGGAUGUGGAUGGCUGGGCGUUGCCAGAUAUCCUCUAA